CAAGGGAGAUCAGGGAUCCCCUGGGUUGCCAGGUCAGACGGGGGCUCUAGGCAAAGAGGGAAAAAGGGGUCGUCGAGGGAAGACGGGGGAACCUGGACCCAGAGGCCUGUCUGGGGCGAAGGGUGACUCUGGAAUCCCAGGAGACAAAGGAGAUCAAGGUGAUCCGGGUCAGCCUGGUGGAGACGGGGCCUCUGGGAUGAAAGGACAGAAGGGGGAAGAAGGCCAGAGAGGACCACCAGGACUGGAAAUGACAGCUCAUGGACUGAGACAUCUGUCUGGCUCUGAGGCUGAAUCAGGAGACAAGGGCCAGAAAGGAGAAAUGGGUGAUCCAGGACAAAGAGGACUCCAAGGAACACAUGGUUUCAAGGGAAGCUUAGGAAUACCAGGUCCAAAGGGAGAGCCCGGCGCAGAGGGUAAAGAAGGUCCUCGUGGACUCAUCGGACUCCCAGGGAUUGCAGGAGAGACGGGAUCGUCGGGGGACCAGGGACCACCUGGUAGAGACGGUCUGAAAGGAAACAAGGGGGACUCUGGAGAUGUGAUGGGACCCCAGGGCCUGCCUGGACCCAAGGGAGAGCCUGGAGAGCCAGUAGCUGAACAUCUGGGAGAGGGGAUGACAUCUGGACCCAGAGGAUCACGAGGGCCAAAGGGUGAGCGUGGCGUCCCUGGUGUACCAGGAGACCUAGGGGAGAAAGGAGAGCCUGGUCUGGGCGUUGAAGGACCUCCUGGCCCCAUGGGACAGAGAGGAGAGAGAGGAUUUGAGGGCCCUCGUGGACCCUCUGGUUUCUCAGGCCCUGCUGGGACCCCGGGGAGAGAGGGUUCCCCUGGUCGAGAAGGUCCCCCAGGUCCUCCUGGCCCCCCGGGUCAACCAACUGCCUUGCCAAUGGUCGGAGAUAUGAGCUCUUUACUCAAGAAUGCCUGCACCGUGUGCCAGACCAGAGUGCCAGGUCUGCCUGGGCAGAAGGGCGAGCAGGGAACCCAUGGAGCGACAGGAGUGCAAGGCAUGGUGGGAGAAAAGGGGGAUCCAGGAGUGCGAGGACCUCUCGGUAAUCCAGGGAAAGAAGGUCCAAAGGGGAUGAAAGGAGAGAGAGGAUUCCCUGGGCCUGGUGGAGACAAAGGAGACGAGGGCUCUCCUGGAGUUCCAGGCAUUCUGGGUACAACCGGCCGUACUGGAGCCCCUGGCGUCAUGGGCAGACCUGGGCCAAUGGGUCAGCCUGGAACAAAGGGAGAUCGGGGAAGUGAAGGCUCCCCUGGAAGGCCAGGACUACCAGGCCCCCCAGGUGUCCCCUAUGUGGAGGGCAAUGGGAUGAGCAGUCUGUACAAACUGCAGAGUGGAGGAGCCAUCUCAGGACCCCCUGGAGCACCAGGUGCACAAGGCCCCAAAGGAGACGAGGGAAGAGUGGGAGAUCCCGGAUCCAUGGGUUUACCUGGACUAGAAGGACUACCUGGAGCCAAGGGUGAUCUGGGGAUACCUGGAGCCCCUGGAAUACCUGGCCCUUCAGGGAAACCUGGAGCUCGUGGUGAUUCGGGUAUCCCUGGGGAACCGGGUGAGAGGGGCCCGCUGGGGGAGACAGGAUUCCCAGGACCUGAGGGACCCCAAGGUGCUCCUGGGAGGCCCGGGAAAGAUGGACUUCCUGGGUACGAGGGAGCCACAGGUAGACUAGGAGACAGAGGAUCCAAGGGAGAACGGGGGGACCCGGGGAUACCUGGAGCGAGGGGAGUCCAAGGAGAGAGGGGAAGGACAGGAGACCCAGGAAUAGUGGGACCUAUUGGGCCCCAAGGCCACCGAGGAGACCCUGGCCCCCCAGGUCCCAUAGCAUCACCAAGCCCUCUGAAUGAUGCCAACUCCAUGGAGGAAAUUAAAAUGUUUAUCCGGAAUGAAGUAUUGCGGUUGUUUGAAGAGAGACUAUCAAGCCAUGCCAUGCAGAAGACGCCGGCGGCCAUUUUAGCAGCGCAGGUUCGACAGGGUUCUCCCGGUCCCCCUGGCAACGACGGAUCCCCAGGGUCUCCAGGGGAAGAAGGCCCCCCCGGCCCUCAAGGGUACAGAGGUCAGAAAGGAGAGAGGGGUCAGCUAGGUCUGGGGAUACCAGGAGCUCCAGGUCUGGCAGGACCACCAGGUGAACCUGGAAGCAGUAUCCAGGGGCCAUCGGGCCCUUCAGGUCCCCAGGGAUCUCAUGGUAAAUGUGAUCCCAGUGACUGUCUCCAUCCAUCCUCUCACUCCAGACGGAACGGCUAGGGCCCCCC